GCCAUUCAAGACUCAACGCAGCGCCGCACUAGAAUUCUCUCGUUCAUCAGUCGACGAGUCGCAGAGUUUAAAAAUUAAUUUUAGUCAUCUGUUCUUCGUUCAGCACGCUCUGCCAUUUUGGAAAAUAUAUAAAUUGAGUUUCAUUCUAUAAGUGUGUUCUCGCUGUGUGAGAAAAAAAGAAGAAAAAAAAAAAUACCUACCAAAAAAACAGGGUCCUCCAAGAAUUUCCCACAAACCCACAAAGUGUGUUAAGGAAUUUCUCUAAAGCCCGUGAUUAAUAAAAAAAAAAGUCAUAAACUACCCACAAAAGCAAUAAAAAACCUUUCCCAAAGAAAAACUUGCAAAUUUUCAUCUGAAAAUUCUUCUAAUCCGAGGUAUUUUCUAAUCGAAAAAAAAGUUUUUUUUUUUUUCAUUCGUCUUGUAAAAGAAAAUCAAAAAAAAAUCGUACCAAAAAAAAACUGUAUUCGGAAAGUGUCGAGUGUGAAAAAUAGUUUUUAUCGAACGAACGAUAUCUCGUAUUUAUUUUGCUGUGUGCUAAAUAAAAUCCAAGUGAAAACAGCAGCAAUAAAAGAGAAGAAGAAGUUUUAUUGAAUCCAUCUCUCGUUCAAGUGAAGAAAAAUCUAUCAAAAAUCGAUCUAAUAAUGCAUAAGAUGGCAGCACCAACUGGAGCACCCCAGAUAGAGGCACCUCUGGCGGCGCCAAAGUACGGCACACUUAUUCCGAAUCGAAUUUUUGUCGGUGGCAUUAGUGGAGAUACAACAGAAUCUGAAUUAUGUCGCGUAUUUUCUGCCUAUGGCAAUGUCAAGUCGACAAAGAUUAUUGUGGACCGAGCAGGAGUUAGCAAGGGCUAUGGCUUUGUAACCUUCGAAACGGAACAAGAGGCUCAGAGGCUACAAACUGAGGGUGAAAGUGUUGUGCUCAGGGAUCGGAAGCUGAAUAUUGCACCUGCAAUUAAGAAGCAAUCAAUUGUCGCAACGAAUGGUGCUGUUUAUUAUACAACAACACCACCAGCUCCUAUAAGCAAUAUGCCGAUUGAUCAAUUUGCUGCAGCAGUUUAUCCACCAGUUACUGAUUUUUCUGCAGCUGGUGUGCCAACUUUAUACCCACCUUCAAUGCAAUAUCAGCCGUUCUAUCAGUACUACAGCGUGCCAAUGAAUGUACCCACCAUCUGGCCCCAAAACUAUCAAGGUAAUUGAGAUAUCCUGAAUUAGCAGCAUGCAACAACUUAAUUUAUAAUUUUGUUUAAAUUAUAACGAAAAUGACUUAAACCCCAAUCAAUUCGCUCAAAUUUUGUAAAAAAAAUUAAAGAAGAACAAAUAAAAAAUCCAGAACGAACAAAGUCAAAAACUGCCUAAAAUUUGAGCACACGAAAGUAAUAUUGCUUUGUGAUUUAUUGUGAAACAAAGCAAAUUUAUAUAUAAAAAAAGACUAAUUUUUAAUUUAUUAUUUAUCAAUUUAAAGAAAAUAUAUAAACAUAAUUUAUAAUAUAAUUAUUUUUAUUAUAUCAUUCGGCAUAAUUCCAUUUCCAAAUUUUUCUUUUAUCUUUUUUUUGUAUACAUAUUUAUCUCAACAACAAUUUCCUCCUUUAAAUUAUAAUUUCUCCUCUCUUACAUACACAUACACAAUGGUAAAUUAAAUAAUAGUAAUGAAAAAAAAAACAACUUUUAGAAUUAAAUUAAAUCUCUCAAAAAAAUAAAAAAACUACAAGAAUUAAGUUAUUGUAUAAAGAAAAAAAAAAAUAAAAGAAAAAUAUACGGUUGUGUCAAAUUAGAUAAUAUAUAAUGAAAAAAAAAAACAUAAAUAAAUACUGCAACUAUUACUAGGUAUAUAAUCUACUUAAUUAAUAUUAUCUAUUAUAUAUAUAUAUAUAUUAUACUUGUAAAAUGUAAUAAGAAAAUAACAUUUGUGUGUUGAAAAAAAACAAAAAAUAAAUUAAAAAAAAAAACUCAACCUUCUCUAGCAAAACAAAAAAAAAUAUAUAUAUACAUACAUAAAAAAUAUUGUUAUUCAUAAAUAUAAAAUAAAAAUAAAAAAAAUACAUAUAUACAAUUGUUAAUAGAAAUGCAAAUUAUUUUUUCAAUUUUUUAAAAUUUUCUUUUUUCAAAUAAAAACAAAAACCAAUACACAACCAAAUGUAAUGAAUGUAAUUGGUAAUGUAAUUUGCAUUUCUAUACAAACAGUCUUAGCAAAUAAAUAAAAAUUAUUAUAACAAAAACCUGAGAUAUAUUUACAAAUGUAUUUAAAUAUAUAUAUAUACUAAAUGAAAUAUACAGUGUUAUUUUAUUAUAAAACACAAAUCUGAAAAUGUGAUGAAAUAUCUUUUUGACAUUAAUUCUUGUUGUCACACACAUUACUGUAAAAAAAAAUAAAUAAUAAAAUAAACUACAAAAUAUUAUAUAAACAUAAAAAAAAAUCUUUGUAGUAAUCUAAAAAAAAUCUAGUGUACUCGUAUCAAUCCAAGUACAUAAUACAACAUAAAAUAUUAUAAAUAAAAAGUAAAAUAUAUACACAAGAAAUAUGAAUGAAAAAAAAAAGAAAUAAAUAAUUGUACACAAUAAUUGCGCAACGAACAUAAAAAGUAGUUUAACCAUUAAUAAAUAAUAAUAAUAAAAACAAAUUAAAAGAAGUAUAGUAUAUGCUUAGAAAAUGACGAUUUACAUAUAUUUUAGUUUUUCAUUUCGAUGUUUUUUCAUCAUCAUUUUAAAUCAGAUUGUUGUAUAAUUUUUGUAUGGCAUUUACGACACUUGUUUGAAAAUUCUAGAUGGUUGACCACUACAUAUUGACUUAAAAUGUAGAAUUACCAAGAAGUAUUUACUGCAUCUGAAAAAUGAAACUAGACACAUUAAGCAUAUUCUUAAAUCAAAAAGAAUGAAAAGAGAAGUAUUUUAGAUAGAAGCUUUUCUCAAACAAAAUCUACUUUCUACAAAAUCUUCCGUUUCUGAAAAAU